AUGGGCUGGCGGGUUAGGAUUGUGGCCUUUGUGUUUCUGCUCGUCGUCUUUCUGGCCUUUUGCAUCGACUACCGUGGCCUCAACCGCGUCGUCGAGCAGAGCGAUCAGGUGGGCGCGUUGAGGCGCGCAUUGUCCAUGCCACCACAACCCUGGCCACCCAAGCACCACCUGCUCAUUCGCAAACGCCAACGACUGAACGGAUUCUGGUACUUUUUGUGCGCCUGCCUGUUGGCCACGUGGACCUAUCACCUCGUCGGCUUACUUGCCAGUGUGCCGCGCCUUGUCGAGAUCAAGAUGCUCUACACCAAGGUUCUACGUAUCUCCGACGCCAGCUUGCAACACAUGCCAUGGUCGGACGUGGUGUACGCCGUCGAGCUGGCACAGCAAACUCAUGAAUUUUGCGCCAUCAAAAAAAACCUGGACGUAAUGGACAUUGUGUCCAUCAUCCUUCAGCACGACAACUUUUUGUUGUGCAUGUACAAGAACCAAGUGGUGGAUGUCAGCCUGCAGCUACCCCUUGUGGGCGAAUUCGAUUUUCUUCCUGCCUCGCUGCAGUGGGCUGCGCACCGAGUGAUCAAUGGUGUCCUCUACAACAAGCACCGUCGUCUCCGAGACGAGGUUCGCAAUGUCCAGAGCCAUGACCAGAUUGCCGGUGAACUCAGAUACUACUUUCGCCUUUACGGGAUAGCCUACAUCCUUCUCUGCCCGCUUUUCUUGAUUCAUCGCUUCGUCAUGUUCUGCUUUGGACACUCUGACCUCAUUCAAAAGCAGCCAGGCUACUUAGCAGCCCGCCAGUGGACACCGUUUGCGCACUGGGACAUGCGCGUGUACAAUGAGCUUCCACACUACCUGCACCGCCGCCUCAGCGCGGCCUAUGACCCCACUUGCAAUUAUUUGCGCUCCUUUGUCUCCCACACCUGGAAUAUCGUGGCACGCUUUUUCGUGUUUGUGCUUGGUGGCCUGUUUGUCAUCAUUAGCCUGUUUGGUUAUGUCCUUGAUGAGGAUUUGCUGCUUCGCGUUGACUUGACACCCAACCGCUCCAUUGCGUGGUGGUUUGCCACGAUCGGUGGCCUGUUGGCGGUGGCGCGAUCGAUGGCCCCACCGCAAGUGAGCAUCGACGAUGUGAACAUGGAUCCCCGAACGCCGUUUGCUCUGAUGAAGAAGCAAUUUUACGAUUUUGUCGAUCGAAAUGUCAAUCCGCUCAAUGAAAGCACGCGCGUCUACUUUUCCAAGCUUCUGCAACUUCGAGCUUACGUGGUGCUUGAGGAAAUUUUCGGGCUACUCCUGAUCCCAUACAUGCUCUUUGUGCGCUUCCCGGCCUAUGCGGAUCGCAUUGUCGAUAUGUACCACAAGCAGGAAGCUUACCUUGCUGACGAGCCUGCUUUUGGCUCCUUCUGUAAAGAAGCCAUGGACUGCAUUUUGCAGAGCAAGUCACAUGUUCAAAAGUCCGUGAUUGAGCAUUCCGAUGAUGGUGCGCAAGCAUCAGCGGCGGCUUUGCGACCAAUUCCAGCCGCCAUGGCAUCCAUGGCGCCCGCUGCCACGCGUGCUGGCCCAGGCGAGCGCUCGCAGUAUGCAAAUGGUGAAUACGUGGCGCUGGGGAUGGAUGAUGAUGUGGCGCCCGCGAGCAGACCCGUACCGGCACACACAGAACGGCAAGCAGCGGACCGUGAGCGUGCAGCGCGCGGUUGGGCGCACAUGUAUCAGUCCUACUAUGAUCGCUCCAUGUGGUCUUCCACUGUGCACGCUUCGCGGCAAGGCUCGGCGCCGAGCGAGGUACCGCAGCCCGACUGGGACUAA